AUGAAGUUCUUUACACCAGUCAUCUUUGUAGUCUUUGCUGCUUCCGCCGUGAUGGGUGGUGGACCUCUUGCCAAGGAAGCCAACGAGAAGGCUUCCAACAACCUCGAGUGCAGCGUUGAUAACUUGUCUAACUGCAAGAUCACUGCCGACAUUGCCUACAUUAUGGGAAUUUCGGAAGACGAGGUUCGUCAAAAACAAUUGGGUUGCGACUGGGGAGCUUGCGAUAUCAUUAUUUGUUCCGAAAACUGUUACAUAAAUAGAAAUUAA